AUGGCCUACCUGGAGCCGGGUCAGUCGCCUUCCUCCUUCGUGGCACUUUAUUCCCCAUUUAAUAGCAACAUCACAGUCAUCCUCGGAGCCCACAAUGUCCACGAGCCGGAGGAAACCCAGCAACUCCUGCGUGUGCGACGCAUCAUCCCCCACCCAGAAUUCACCAGGGACCCCUUCACCAACGACCUCCUGCUUCUGCAGGGUGACUCCGGGGGCCCACUGGAGUGCAAGGGGGUCGCCCAGGGCAUCGUCUCACAUGGGAAACCCAGUGGCCUCCCACCUGCCGUAUACAUGCGGAUCUCUGCAUUCAUCCCUUGGCUCAGGAAGAAGAUGGGCAGGGAGUAGCUGCACAAAGAGAGCAACGGGCUGCCAGCUGCUCUGCCAUUCCGCUGCCUUCGCUACUUCUGGGGAGGGGAUGCUGCUGCACUCAUCUGAUCUGGGGGCACCCCCAAGCCAGCCAGUCCUCGCCUCACCCUGGGGUUGGAUGG